UCGUUUCCUUUCCAUCCUUUCCCUUCCCUUUGCUUUCCUUUCCCUUCGUGCGCAGGUGGUCGCGUAACUCCAGGUCCUCGCAGCAAGCAAACCAACAAUUCGACCCACCACCUCUGCCUGCUGCUGCGUCGCAUUCAUUCAUGCAUGCCAGGCCAGGGCAGGCUCGGAAGGAGAGGUGCGAUUGCUGCAAUCAAUUGUGGGUUUCGCUCAUUCGCGGUGGAGGGAUUGCGAUUGUGGGCUCUGAAGCACACGAUGAGAAUGCAGCCCUUGCAGCUCGCACACACGCGGCCAUGGACCAGGCUGCACAGGUUGCGCUCUCCGCCGCUCCUGCACCUGCUGCCUCCGUGCUCGCGCGGCUCCCCCUGCUCGCUUCCCAUUCGAGCUGCAUCCUCUUCCUCGACUUCCUCGUCCGCCUCGAACCGCAAUUCGCCUUGGUUGAUUGUGGGAUUGGGAAAUCCGGGAAUCAAGUUCGAGGGCACUCGCCAUAACAUUGGCUUUGACAUGAUUGACGCCAUUGCGGAAGCAGAGAACAUUCCACUACGAAUGAUUCAGCAUAAAUCACUUCUAGGAAAAGGAUAUAUCGGAACCACACCAGUGCUUCUUGCUAAGCCCCAGACCUACAUGAAUUUGAGUGGAGAAUCAGUGGGACCGCUUUCUGCUUACUACAAGAUUCCUCGCGAACGCGUGCUUGCGAUUUUUGAUGAUUUAGAUCUUCAGUUCGCUACGUUGAAGUUGCUGCCAAAGGGAGGCCAUGGAGGUCACAACGGGAUGAGAAGCUUGAUAGAUCAUUUCGGAGGGAAACAAGACUUUCCUAGACUACGAUUUGGCAUUGGGAGACCAGCGGGCAGUAUGCCUCCGAGUGCUUACGUGCUGCAGAAAUUCAGCUCGAAAGAAAUAGAAGAAUUGGAUGUAGUGCUACAACGAGGAGUUGAGGGAGUGAGACUUUUGACAACUCAAGGUCUGGAGAAAGCUGUCAGCACCUGGAACAAAAAGAGCAAGAUAGACUUGGCCAAAUAACUAGAGUAAAUCUGAGUGCCAUCAAUAGAUUGUAUUCAUUCACAUUUUUUAUCUCUUAACACCCAAGUGCCCGUGGGUUUUCUACAAUCUUUCUGUUUUGCAUUGUUUCAUUUUCCAAAGUAUUUUGAGUUUCAAAUUUAGGAACAGUUGUGAUAUAUCUCGAUUAGAUAUGAUUUGAACGAUCAAGAAUAUUUGUGUAUAUGUAUGGGUCAUUUGUAUUUAUGAGUUUUAGUUCUGAAACAUUA